AUGGGCAAGAAGGUACUCGUAGACGACACGGACGAGAGGAUCCAAUACAAUGGUAUUGGGUGGAAGCCGUUGUUCAGCCCGUUCGGCGACACAACAAACGAGUACAAUCAAACGUUGCAUUACAGCCGUAAUCCAGGGUCAACAAUGACCUAUACGUUCAAUGGAACUCGAAUUACAGUGCUCGGUACAUUCGUCUCGCCUUUGACUUUGCCCGCAUCAACGUACAGUAUUGACGAAGGGACCCCCUCUUUCAUAAAUUCCACCGGUGAUAUGCCGCAUUUUGGGUCAACGACCAAGUGGCCCCUUGCUCAUGUCCCUUUCUACACCUCGCCGAUCCUCCCUCACGGCCAGCACACUCUCCACGUCAGUGUAGAUGUCGCAGUCAACCAAACAUAUUUUUUCGACUAUCUUAUCAUCGAGGUAGAUGACGACGCGGCCAACAUGGGAGCAGUGGCGGUAGACGACCGGGACCCAGCCGUCGUCUAUACAGGGCUCUGGGACCAUUCGACGCCAUGGCUCCUCGAGUAUGAUACGACAUCAUCGCGCGCCAACGUCGGUCAGAACCUGACCGCAUCCUAUUCGUUCAUCGGCAGCGCGAUUGCAGUCUACGGGACGAUUCAGGGUGACUACGGCCCCUUGCCCAUUAUGAGCUGCACACUAGACCCAUCUCGAGAACCCGCUUCUAGCGAUGCCCAAGUCUUCACCCGCACCGAUGUCUUUUCGGUCUCUGGUUCUGUCACCCAACACAAACACCAUCGACUCUGUUUAUUCGAAGAUCUGCAAGACAUACCAGGGAAAAACAGAGGCGAACACGAAAUAGUCCUUUCAUCGCUUCCUGAGGCAUUGAGCCCAUGGCGCUUUGACAACUUCGUGUACCUCCCCGUAGGGAGCACAUUGCGUUUCAACUCCAGUGCGUCAAACCCCGUAGUCACAGGCAAUAGUAUGGAGGUGACAUUUGGACCAUUGACCACAAACUCGACACAUCAGCCCCAGAGUGAGAAGACUAAUACACCGUCAAUCAUUGCGGGUGUCGUCGUCGGAAUAGCUAUUAUCGCUCUGCUAGGUACCAUUGUUCUUUGGUGCCGAUGGAAGAAGAGGAGGGUGCUUACGCAUGGCAAGGGGAAUGGAAAACUGAACGGCUUAGGCCAUUAUGCACCGUACGUGAUCCACUAUGUUCCACAGUAG